AUGCAAGCUAGCUUAGUUUUUUGGGAUCUAUGGCCUUUAUAUAAGCAUCUACCAUUGAUCGAAAACAUAAGGGCUAAACUGGAUCCCACAUUUUGUAGUUACUUGCUAAGAAUUGGAGAUGGAAUAGAGAGAGAACAUAAUUGUAAAUGCAUUAAACUUCCAGAAAAUAUAGUUUUACCAUUUGAAGAUGAAAUUACAUCUUUAAAAAAAUUGACACAUCAUGUUUUUCCAGAUAUAGAAGCAUGUUUUGAUGAUCUCCAUGUAAUGACAAAUAGAGUUAUUCUUACACCUACAAAUGAAUGUGUUGAUCAUAUUAACAAAAUUCUACUUGAACAAAUUUCGAGUGAAAUUUACACAUACUAUAGUUUUGAUGAAGUAAUUGAUAAAUCGGAACAAAGCUUACAAGAGGAUUUUUUAAAUAGCCUAACUUUAAAUGGUAUUCCUCCUCAUGAAUUGAUGCUUAAGAUAAACUAUCAUGUAAUGUUAUUACGAAAUAUUAAUUAUUCAGAAGGGUUAUACAAUGGAACAUGUCUUAUUUGUCGAAAAUUUGAAAAGAACGUAAUUCUUGCUGAAAUUACAACAGAUGAUCUUGGUUGUACUUAUUUGAAAGACUUUCUGGCUUGA